CACAAUUAAAUAACAGAAUAUAGGCACAUACUAUAACGAGUGACGGCAAAAACAGCCGGUCCCUUUUUCUUCGAUCUUCUUCUCCGCCGAGCCUUAGACGGCGCGGCGGAGAUACCCAGUAAGUGGAUACGCAUGUCUGUGCUGUAUCAGAUAUCCGUUGGAGAAAUUUGUGCUAAACAUACAACCACAACACUUCUUUCUAGCUUUGGUAGAUAUGCGUUCCUCUUGUGCAAUUUGCAUAACUCAAUCUUAUCAUCACAGUUUUCUACCUGUCAGGUUGUUCCCAAAAUCUCAUCACCAGUUAGAGAUUUCAGUGCCAAUUCGAAUGUUGCUCGUAGUAACUGGUUGAUCACAAAGCUUGGUAAAGAAGGAAAAAUUAGAGAAGCACGUAAGGUGUUUGAAGAAAUGCUUGAUCGAGAUGUGGUCUCAUGGACUGCAGUGAUUACUGGGUAUAUUAAAUGUGGAAUGAUUGAGGAAGCCAAGACGUUAUUUGACAGAAAUGAUGCUAUAAAGAAUGUUGUUACUUGGACUGCAUUGGUUAGUGGGUAUGUAAAAUUGAACAGGAUUGAGGAGGCUAGAAGAUUGUUUGAUGCCAUGCCUGUUAAGAAUGUUGUGUCGUGGAACACUAUGAUUGAAGGGUAUGCACGAAAAGGUUGGAUCGAUCAGGCUUUGGAUUUGUUUGAAAAAAUGCCUGAGAGGAAUGUGGUGUCUUGGAAUACCGUUAUUACAGCGUUGAUGCAACGUAGGAGGGUAGAUGAAGCCCAGGCGCUUUUUAAUCGGAUGCCAGAGAGAGAUGUGAUUUCUUGGACCACCAUGGUGGCUGGUUUGUCGAAAAAUGGGAGAAUUGAUGAUGCUCGAUUACUGUUCGAUAAAAUGCCCGUGCGAAAUGUGGUUUCCUGGAAUGCAAUAAUUAUUGGGUAUGCUCAGAAUAUGCGGCUUGAUGAGGCAUUCAAACUGUUUGAGCAAAUGCCGGAGAGGGAACUGUCUUCAUGGAACACUAUGAUUACUGGAUUCAUUCAAAACGGUAAACUAGAAAGGGCAGUGGAUUUGUUCUAUAAAAUGUCCAACAAAAAUGUUGUCACUUGGACGGCAGUGAUUUCUGGUUACGUUCAAGAUGGACGAAGUGAAGAAGCAUUGAAGAUCUUUUCAGAAAUGCAAGCAGCAAACAAUGUAAAACCAAAUGAAGGAACUUUUGUCAGUGUGUUGGGUGCUUGUAGUAAAUUAGCUGUUCUUUGUGAGGGACAACAAAUUCACCAGGUAAUAAGCAAGACGGUUUACCAAGAAGUUGCAGAUGUGGUGUCAGCUUUAAUAAACAUGUAUUCAAAAUGUGGGGAGUUAGAACUGGCUCGCAAGAUAUUUGAUGAUGGAUCAAUAGACCACAGAGAUGUGGUUUCUUGGAAUGGUAUGAUUGCUGCCUAUGCUCAUCAUGGCCAUGGCCACAAAGCAAUUUGUUUAUUUGAUGAAAUGCAGGCAUUGGGAUUUCGUCCUGAUAAUGUCACCUAUAUUGCAUUACUUUCUGCUUGUAGUCAUGCUGGUCUUGUGGAUGAGGGGUUGAAAUUAUUCGAAAACCUCCUAAGAGAUAGGUCUAUAAAACUAAGAGAAGAUCAUUUUACAUGCCUGGUCGAUCUUUUUGGUCGAGCCGGACGACUUCAAGAGGCAUUUGAUUUCAUUAAUGGGCUUGAGGUCAAGCCUUCGGCAUCUGUUUGGGCAGCUCUUCUUGCCGGAUGUAAUGUUCAUGGGCAUAUAGAUCUAGGUAAGUUAACGGCUGAAAAACUUUUAGAAACAGAGCCAGAGAAUGCAGGAACCUUUUUGGUGUUAUCUAACAUAUAUGCUUCAACUGGAAAAUGGAGAGAAGCUGCCGGUGUAAGGAUGAAAAUGAAGGACAAAGGAUUGAAGAAGCAGCCUGGUUGCAGUUGGAUAGAAGUUGGAAACACAGUGCAUGUGUUCGUAGUGGGUGACAAUUCUCAUCGCGAAUUUGAAAAUAUUUAUCUUUUACUUCACGAUCUACAUACGAAAAUGAAGAAGAUUGGUCAUAUAUUGUAUGAAGAUUUAACAAUGGAUUUCAAUUUAGUGAUGGCAUGAGUCUGGAGCCGGUAGCAAAUUUGCAUGGCCAGCCUUAUAUUCUUCAUUGAUGCUAAAUUGGGGAAGAAUAUACGAGAGAAUUAUUUAUUUGCUUUAUGACCGGCUAACUAAUUCCUUCUGAUGAGGAUGGUCAUGAAACAUUUUCCAUGUAUCGAUGAGACAAGGUGUUGACGGCGGUUCUACAGGCAGGGAACUCUGUUGGAUCAUGAUGCUCGUUCGAUAAUGUGUUUCACAAGUUUUUGACAGAAUAUUAACAUCACACUUCGCAAUGAGAACUAGUAGAAACGGAUGGCUUGCGGUUUCUGAGAUCUUCACAAAUAGAGUUCUCUUUAUAAGUUUCUAAGUAACAAUCAGAGAUAGGGAAGCAUACAACUUGUACGGAUGAGAUUACUUCCAUCAUCAACAACUAAGCCAUAUCUCUGCGCUUUGUUACAGGAAGAGAUCAUGUAGAUUACUAUUAGAAAUAAACAAGGAGAAGUUAGAGCUGGAGCGUGGGUUGAGUUUGGCAUAACAAACCUGUAGCUAAUAGAAGUUAUAUAAAAGCCUUCUAAAUGGCUAAACCAUAUACUAAUUUUUAUCUGUAAACGGCAGACCUCCAGAACCGAAGAACUUCAUGGAUCCAUCUCGUUAUGCUUCAAUGUGGUCGACAGAAUCAGAAUGUGUUUGUGGUUGACAAAAUCAGAAGGUCUGUGGUUGAGUGCGGAGCUAUGUUGUUGUCCUUUUGUCCAAGUUUGAGCAGUCAAUCUCGCUACUCACUGCCGUGCCAAUGAAGCAUGCCAUCUAGCAUGAGCUUUGCUAAUCAGAGUCACUCCUCCCUCUUUAAACAGUUUCAUGUUUUUCAGGUUUUGAUUAUGGUAUGGAAGUUGUUAAGUAUGAGUUGGACUGUCUUAGUUUGACCGGCAGUUAGUUUUAUUUGUUGAUGUGUGAGAGAAACUAUGAAAGUACAUGGAGCAACGUUAGCGUUAACAAGCUAUAGCUUCCAUCUCUUGCAAGUUUAUAUUUUCUAUACAUCCGAGAAAUUUAUAUAGGGUAGAAAUCGCA